AUGCCCCCGCUGCCGAGCGCGCGCGGAGAGGACUCAGCACCCUCCGACGCACUGCUAACCUGGGUGACGCUGCGCGUCCCGUACCACUGGCCAAGCUCGGAGGAUCUUCCGACUGCGCGGCGGCACUUGGAUCAGUUUUUGGAGGCUCUUUCCCGGCCAUCUGCGGCAUGGCCCGGCGUGGCAUCCGAGGUGGUUGUUGCUGCAGCGGCGCCGCUGCGAGCAAGCCAGGAAGGUGAAGACGUGCAAUCUGCGGAUGCAGACAAGGCCUGGCGCUUGUGCUGCGUGGCUCGACGGGCUCUCAGGCCCCUGUUGGCAGCGACACUGGCGCCCCAGCUGAGGAAGUUCGAAGUGGCUCUGGCCAAGCUCCUGGAGGAAGCUAGGGAGAAGCUCUCCAGCGUCGAGCAGCAGCUUUGCCCCAGUGUCGACCUGCAAGUGAACACGGACUCACCACCCGGCCGACUUGUCCUGGACCUCCGUGGCGAGCUGCCCGCGGGAGUGGAAGGCAAACUUCCAUUGAGGCACGAAAUCCACGCAGAGCAUGCAGAGAAGUUGAAGCGGUUUUUCGCCAAGGAGACCUCGGGCGACUUUAAUACGAAGUGCUGGGUCCUCCUCACGCGCUAUCGCGCGCUGUUCGGUCCGCACGAUGAGGGGGCUGGCUGGCACAUGGCGCUCACCAGCGAGGUGUUCGAGUGCCUGCAAGAGACGUUUGGGGUCCAGCACGAGCUGUUUGCUUCGCCUUUGAACUGCACCCUGCCGUCGUUCUGCUCCCUUUUCCCAGACACAGAUCGAGAAUUCGGAUCGAAAGGCGGCUUCUUCCGCUUUUGCGAAGACACUCUCGUGCGAGGUGGAAGCUUUGAGUGCAACCCACCCUUCGAGGAAGGCCUUCUUGCGCGUGCCGUGGCGGCGUUGCUGCGGGCUCUCACGGCGGAAGGCCCGGCACUUUCAGUUGUGCUCGUGCUGCCCGCAUGGCCGGGCUCGGCUGCGAUAGAGAUGACGCUCAUCUCCCCGAGGCAUUUUGGCAGACGAAGUAUUCGCAGAUUUUGCGAGACGCGUAGCCGCAUAGCCGCCAUGAUCAUGGGAUUCCUCACUCUUGGCGCUGCGGUCCUGGUCGGGGCCACCUCUCCCGACAAGGCCACAAAGCUCUCAGAGGCCAUGGCAUUGGAUGCAUGUGCUCAGGGGACGUGUGCCUUGCACGCGCUCCAGCAGAACAUCACCGCGCUCCCGGCCAACAGCACGAAGCAGCAGAACCACACGGAGGAACCGGUCAGCGCCGAGAAGAAGGAGGAGCUCGAGGACGGGGACUUCAUCGAUCCGGAGGGCGACCUGCUUGGUGGCGAGAACUUCGCCGCGGUCAAAGUAGCUGCUGGCUGGUCCCAGGGCGGAGACAAAGUUUGGGGCAGUGGCAGAGGCAUCGAAGACGUCAAUGGCGGCAAUGUCGGCUACUACAACAACGGCAUGGAUGCAGCUCACGCGCGCUGCGGCGGCAGCCACUGUGCCCUGAUCGUAAACCCCCCGGGCCACCGCAGCAUCAAUCAGUUCCAUAUCCACUUCGUCUCCUACGCAGGUUAUGGAUCCAACCUCAAGCAUAGGCUCGAGAAGAGGGUUUGUGGCAAAAGCGGAUGGCGCAGCGGAGGCCUGCCUUGUCAUGGCAAGGCUAUCUUCGUGAGCGGUUGGCCGAAUGUCUUCUCGGUGGCCAUGGGUGGCGGCGGCAUGAGGCAUGCUAGCGUGAUCGCUUGGCCCGGCUCCUGCGGUCACAAGGGGACAAUUAUCGAGUUGGCUUAUGGCUGCAGCAUAGAGCAUCAGAUUCGCGGAGACUACAACCCGGCCUAUCGUUAG